GACAUGGCGUUGGAACAUGCCAAUAUGGUUGCAUUGGCCGAUGGCAGUACGGAGUGCCCCUGCUCAUCUGUCAAAACGCCAUGAUGAAAUGGGCGUGGGAUGUGCACGCACCUGGUGUCAGAGCUGGUGGCAUUGAAGCGUCUGCGGGUCAAUAUUGGGUCUCUCUCAUGUUUUCUCGGUCGAGUACAUUACCACCCGUGACACUACUUGAAAUUCUCCAUGGUAUUUUGUUUUUUUCUCUCCCACAGCUCCCCAGCAGAAUCCCCACCAUUUCAUUUGCACGACAAUGAAGUGGCGGAACCAGAAUGUCGGGAUUCUUUCACAGUUUGAUCGUGCAGUCAUGGACGCUCUGGUCAAUAGGAAUAAUAUUUGUCAUUUGCCGUCUUGUAUCACGGAAGAUCAAGCUCGGUAGCUGGGGGAGCCUUCAAAUCGAGGAUUACUGGAUGUGCUUUGCUUCGGUAACGUUUACUGCAGUCAUCGUAGCUAUCAACGAAGUAGCCAGGAAUGGUAGCAAUUACAUGUCGCCAGAGGCGGCAGCCGCGCUCACAAUAGAGCAGGUGGCGCAGGCCAUCUACGGCUCCAAGAUGACACUCGUCUUGGAGAUAUGUACACUGACGACACUGUGGUCCAUCAAGGGGUGUCUUUUGAUACUCUAUUAUAGACUGACGGAGGCUUUCAACUCAAAACGAAUAGCCGUCAUUACAGUAGCCUGCUUCUGUGGCGUCAGCUACGUGCUCGUCGUCGCACUUUGUCUCAUGCACUGGUGCACUCCCAUUGAGGAGUACUGGAGGGUUCCAGUCAAGUACUCUCAAUGCGCUACAUAUUAUGACCACAUGAUUUUCGCGACAUCCUUCAACGUGUCUUCCGACCUGAUGCUCUUGGCAAUCCCGAUCCCGCUCAUAAUCCGAACGCAAUUCCCUCUGAAGCGGAAGCUAAUACUCUGCUGCGUCCUCGGCAGCUCUUCACAGAUCCUCACCGCAAUCCUCAACCGCUACUACAACUUCUCCCAUCCCAACGAUCUCAGUUUCAUGUAUUGGUAUGUCGGCGAAGUCUCAACAGCCGUGAUAGUCGCCAACCUACCCCUCUGCUGGCCUGUCUUGCGAAUCGUCAUCCGCGGCAGUUCUUGGAGCAAGCAAAGAAGCAGUGACGAACUGGAACCACCCAAUAACCCGCGAACGGGCCGAUUCAGCCGCAAGCCAAAAUCAGUGCACUCCCUAACAUGGCUGGGAUCAAGGGGCGGGACGACGUGGGAUAAGGUAGAAGAAAGGGAAGGCUGGAGCACGGGGAGCAAAGACCCCAUGGUGGGACGGACGCUUGACUGCGUGGCAGAAGACCAGGGUAGUGAGAUCGAGCUUACGCCGGGCUGGCAUCACGAGGCCAAUCUAUCGUCUAUCAAUGCUGAAAGGGUUAGUGAUAAGGGCAGUCGGAGGGGUGAAAGUCGAGCGGAGUCAAGAGAUCGAAGGCGUCAAGAAAGAGAGCCUUCAAGAGAUCGGGGUGUCAAGGUUGUCACGACAGUUGAGAUCUCACGCGAGGGCUGAUGGCGAAUCGAUAGGGGCUCUGCCUACUGAUACAGCUAUAGACUUAUUCCAGCAUUCAAUAUUUUCUAUUUUCUACAAGAUGUAGAUACAGCUUGAAACUCACCUCAGUCCAGGUUCCACAUAUAUAUUCGUCCGUCAUACAGAUUCUAAAGACAAUACCAUUUUACAGCUGGCGUAACCGAGGUACGUAAAACAUAAUUUCUUUUUCUUUUGUCUUUUAUUUUUCCUGGUUAUCCCACAAUACUGAC